UCAACAGGGCUCUGCCGUAGCCCAUAAGGGAUAACCAUGCCUAACAAGUGGUUGUACAGGAUACAAUGUCUCGUUUUCAUUUUUUUAGGCAUCGUUGCGUCGGAUUCAGAUCCAGCAGAUCCAUAUGUUAAUCAACCACGCAUUAUCGUGCGAGAUGGAGCUCUGGUUAUUCAAGGAGCGUUCAAUAAAGAAGUUAAAUUUGCAACAAGUGGGCAAGGUCAAGUCAAACUCAACGAGGUCGAUUUGUCAAGUGCAAGGGGCUCUGGAUCCAUAUCUAUGGCGAGUCGUCUUAUGUCGAGAUUGAGCAGUCUGUCAAACAGAGUAACUGAACUGUCGGAUCAGUUGAAUCAGAUGGAAGAAAACAUCACAACCCUUGCGGCUAAGGUAAACCGGUUCGUUGGAACAGGGCAAGACAGAAUAUCUAACAGAGCUGUAAGAAGAAUUAGCUCAAAAGUUAAUCAACUUCAAGAUAAAGUUAAUACUUUAACCCAGUUACUGACAGAGAACGAAUGCAACAGCAAUCCAUGCAAGAAUGGCGGGACAUGUAUUGACACUUAUAAUGGAUUCAUUUGUAAUUGUCCUCCAAACUGGGAGGGUCCGACGUGCGAAAGCGAUAUAAACGAAUGUGCUCGAUACGCUGGAACAAGCCUGGGAUGCCAAAAUGGUGCCACUUGUAUCAACACCCAGGGAGGUUAUACCUGCAACUGCCCUGCGAACUGGUUUGGCAUCCAUUGCACUCAGCAACACGAUGACUGCAGCACCGCCUCCCACCAAGAGCUGUGCGGGCAUGGCACGUGUGUCGAUGAAAAGAGAGCUCUUCCUGGGCAGCCAAAAUAUCGUUGUAUUUGUGAUGCCGGAUGGCAAGCAGGCAGCAGCGGUCCGGCUUGCACGGUAGACAUAGACGAGUGCAACGGUCCAGUUAGAAGAUGCUCUACAAAUCCACCAGUCGUCUGCAUCAACCUCCCCGGUUCAUUCCACUGUGGUCCAUGUCCAGCAGGAUACACUGGAAGCGGGCACACUUGCUCCGACAUUAAUGAAUGUGAGAUGAAUAAUGGUGGUUGCUCUAUUCAGCCGUAUGUUCAGUGCAUUAAUACCAUCGGAUCCAGAACAUGUGGGCCAUGUCCAUCAGGAUACGUUGGAGACGGAGCUCACUGCUCUUUUAUAGGAGUCUGCAAUGUCAACAGAGGAGGCUGCCACCCUCUUGCAACGUGCGUAGAAAACACUGCUAUAGUCGGAACCUACAGAGAGUGCCGCUGUCCGGCAGGGUACAUAGGGAACGGGGAAGGGCCCAAUGGAUGCACCGCGUCACUUGGAAUGAACUGUGCCAGUAAUCCGUGCGUAUCUGGAACAUGUCAUGAUGUGGGCAGUUCUUUUCGUUGCACCUGCAACUUUGGUUUUACCGGAACACUUUGCGACCAAGAAGAAAUUGAUAUGUGUGCCACUAACCCGUGCCAGAAUGAUGGUGUCUGUUCCCGGACUCCGAAUGGAUUCAUCUGCAAUUGCCAAAGCGGUUUUGAAGGACCCACUUGUGCCCAGAGAACAAGCAGUUGCGGAGGGGAAUUCGUCCAAGAUAAUGGUACUCUGCAGUUCCCCGAAACAGGUAUCACUUACGAUCACAUGAUGAGCUGCGAAUGGGUUAUAACUGUCAGCAACACCAAGGUGGUAAAUCUCACUUUCGACUACUUCGAUUUGGAAGGCGGCCACAACUGCGAGUAUGAUUUCCUGCAAAUAAAUGACGGUGCAAAUUCUGCUCGUAUGAUUCUGAAUCGGUUCUGUGGUGAGAAUCUUCACGGCCGUAGCAUUGUCAGCACCCACAAUCAAGUCUAUCUCUGGUUCAAAUCGGACAAAACAGUUGCUCACACAGGAUUCAAGCUCAACUGGACGGCACAGAAUCCAGAAUGCGGCGGUGAGCUCAACAUUUCAGAUUAUGGAUCCUUCAAUUCUCCUGGUUAUCCUGGAGUUUAUCCCAAUGACAGAACAUGCGCUUGGCUGGUGAGAGUACCCGUAGGAAAACGAAUACAGUUUCAUUUCGCCACGUUACAACUGGAGGUGCAUUCGAACUGUUCUUACGAUUACGUUAAAGUCUAUGAUGGAGCCUCAGAUACAGAUCCUGUCAUAGGAACCUAUUGUACCUCUGUAACUCCACCUCCUUUAACUACUUCUGGACACUCGGCUCUCGUGGUAUUCCAUUCAGACAAUAGUGGACAAUAUGGUGGAUUUCAUAUCACGUAUUCAUCUCAAUCGAAUGUACAAGGUUGUGGAGGACUUCUAACAACCCCGACUGGCAGAAUCAGUUCUCCGAAUUUUCCGGAUGUUUACGAAAAUAAUCUAAACUGUGAAUGGCUGAUUAGGAUACAUCCUGACAACCGACUAAAACUCACAUUCCAGGAAUUCAAUUUGGAGCCUCACAGCAAUUGCUCUUUUGAUUACUUGGAGAUUUACAGUGGAAACUCGGACAGUGCGCCUUUGCUAGGGCGAUACUGCGGGUGGAAUCCACCUCCAGAACUCUUUUCUAACACCAAUCAGCUUUUUAUUAGGUUUAGAACUGACAACUCACUUGUGCACAGCGGUUUCAAAGCCGAAUAUAAAACAAUAUGCGGUGGUGUGUACUCAGAGCUUACGGGCAUUCUGAGCAGUCCAUAUUACCCAGAUUCGUAUCCAGCACAUGCACAGUGCAUUUAUGAUAUUCGUCUGGAUCCGGGAAACCUUGUGAAUGUCUCCUUCCAUUACAUGGAUAUCGAGGCACAUUUAGACUGCCGAUAUGAUUACUUAGAGGUAAGAGAUGGCGAUUCUGAGAGCAGCCCAUUGAUUGGGCGUAUAUGUGGAUACAGACAACCAGAAAACAUAAUUUCCACCUACAAUAGUCUUUGGAUGAGAUUUGAAACCGACGGCAGCGUGCAGAAUCGGGGGUUUUAUGCCGAGUAUAAUGCAAUUCCGAUUGGUUGUGGAGGUGUUUUCACAGAACCUCGAGGGUUGAUCUCUACUCCUAGGCACCCCGAUCGCUACCCCCAUUCUGUCACCUGUUCAUGGCACCUGAAAGCUCCUCCUGGGCACAUCGUUCGUCUGACAUUUUCUUCUUUCCACCUGGAACCUGAUGCGGAUUGCCAGUUCGAUUACGUGCUUGUUCAGGAUAUGGAUGGAACAGCAAUCGGAAAGUAUUGUGGAAAUCGGAAGCCACCCAUUCUGACAUCCAUGGAUAGUUCUCUUUUUGUACAAUUUGUUUCAGACGCAAGUGUCGCCCGAGAUGGCUUUACCGCUUCUUACGAAUUUCUGGAUUUAAAAGAAGCCUGUGGCGGCACUUAUUACCGCGAAUCUGGGGUUAUAAAGUCCCCAGGUUUCCCGGAACGAUAUCCUCACAACGCCCACUGCAUCUGGAUUUUGAAAGGCAAAGCUCAGAGGCAAAUCACUCUCAAUGCUACAACGUUUAACUUAGAAGAACACAAUAACUGCCGUUAUGAUUAUUUGGAGAUAAGGAAUGGAGAAUACGAAACAUCUCCUUUAAUUGGGAAAUUUUGUGGAACCAAUAUUCUGCAGGGAAUCAAGUCUCACAGCAAUGUGUUGCGACUAGAAUUCAAGACUGAUAACUCCCAGUCUGGGGCUGGUUUCGAAAUAUUCUACGAUGCUACUUCCACAGGUUGUGGCGGGAAAUUAACCGCUCCUCGAGGAUCCAUUGUGUCUCCCAACUAUCCUCAACCCUACCCCUAUAACGCUGACUGUGAGUGGCUCAUUCAAGUGUCCGCCGGUUCUAUCAUAUCUCUCUCAAUCGUCGACAUUGAUAUCGAAGAACACAGGGACUGUCGUUAUGAUUAUGUUCAAGUGUUUGACGGACCCACCGAAAACUCAAGACAAGUACUGCGCAUUUGUAAUAACCAGCAAAGCCCGGGUACAAUAACUUCUUCUGGGAAUUCACUUCUCAUACGCUUUAGGUCGGACUUCAGCGAAGUGGCAGGCGGAUUUCAUUUGGCCUACCAAACACUGUGCAACAACAAUUUGACAAGUAGGCGAGGCGUGAUCGAAAGCCCCAACUUCCCGGACACUUAUCCUCACAACCACAACUGCACCUGGAUGAUCCAAGCACCUCCGGGAAGUAACAUCUCCAUCGCGUUCUCCCAUCUGUUCCUGGAAGGAGGAGACACAUGUGACGCCGACUAUGUUGAGGUCCUCCAAAUGGAUAAAGAGGGGCAUCAGUCUCAGUUGGGGAAAUAUUGCGGAGAUACCAAUCGACCCCCGGGCACCAUUCAGACAACGACCAACACAGCCAUUGUGCGCCUGGUGACUGACCAGUCGGUGACGAGAGAAGGUUUCAGACUGGAAUGGGCCAUAAAAGGUUGUGGAGGUGACAUAAAAAAUAAAAACAAUUUCAUGAUUACUUCGCCUAACUAUCCGAAUGGUUAUCCUAUGGAAACGACCUGCUACUGGCACGUUUCCUAUCCUCCAGGAAAUCGAAUUGAACUCACCAUAAUGGAUCUGGACAUGGAAGGAGUUCCAGGCUGCCAUUUUGAUUACUUGAAGGUUUACGGUGGCGAAGACAGGCAUGCUCCACAAUUGCUUAACAUUUGCAGCACAAUCACUGCACCACGUACCAUAACAAGCCACGGGAAUCAAAUGGUGGUCGAAUUCACCAGUGACGCCUCGAUAGGUCGGAGGGGAUUCAAGGCCACAAUCAAGAAGACAGCUGGAGGUUGCGGUGGUCUAUACACAACACCAGAGGGUACAAUUAUGACUCCCAACUUUCCGGAAACGUACAAUGCCAAUGAUGAGUGUGACUGGCUCAUUGAGGUGGAUAAAUCUCAUCGAGUUAUCUUGGAUUUCUAUGGCUUCGGCAUGCCGGUAUCAGUCAAUGGGACAAAAGGAUAUGUGGCAAUUUAUGAUGGGAACAGCUCUACAGCGCCACUUCUACUGAAACACUGGGGACCCAAACCUGAGGAUAGCAUUUUGUCCACUGGUCACCAAAUGCUGGUAAGACUGGUUGCGGAUGGCAAUAAUGUAGGAAACGGAUUCAGAGCUCACUACAAAACAGGCUGUGGAGGAAGACUACUUGCUGACGAUGGAGGUGUUAUUCAGUCCCCUCAUUAUCCAGAUCGUGACCUCAGUACACCAAAUUGUAGUUGGAUAAUAUAUACUGCUGAUCCUGGUGAGAGGGUGAAUUUGAUAAUAACCCACCUGUACAUACCUGAAAUGGGUCAGAAUUGUGAAUUCGGAAGUUUGUUCAUAUACGACGGGGACCAACCUGAUUCACCACUGAAUCAACAGAUUUGUGGUACCCGCACACCACCUCCUAUUCUCUCCAGGGGCAGUAUGAUGCACGUGUUUUUGACUACUGGCGUCUUCAGAGCGACGUACGGACCAGCCUCGACUCAUUGUGGAGGUUCUUUUAAAUCUCCGGAGGGAACAUUUGGCACUCCUGGCUAUCCAAACAACUACGAUAUGGAUACUGAAUGCGUCUGGACGGUCGAAGCUGCUGUUGGAAACCGAGCACAUCUGGCAUUUGAGACAUUUAAUUUGGAAGAUAGUGAGCACUGCAAUAAAGACUAUGUAGAAAUUCGAGAAAACAGUGAAUCUGGAAGAUUCAUUGGUAGAUACUGCGGCAACAGCCUUCCCAGCAACCUAACAGAUGCUCCUAAGCUUUGGAUAAAAUUCAGAUCGGAUGAUGUGGAUACACAAAGGGGAUUUCUGGCUCACUUUGAAUUGAAGGGCGAGGUUGUUUUGAACGGUACGGAAGGAGAGAUUGCAUCUCCUGGAUACCCAGACUAUCACCAUGGUAAGGAAGAGUACAAAUGGACAGUGUACGUUCCUUUCGGCAUGCACAUUAAUGUGCGAUUCACAGAACUGGCUCUGACAACCAUCUCGCCUGAUGAAAACUGCGUCUCCCAGAUUCAAAUUUUUGAUGGCAUGGAUGACCAAGCCCCAUCAUUAGGUUCAUUUUGUGGUUUCCAAGUCCCGGAACCCAUCAUAUCCACAGGAAACGUAAUUUAUAUUAAAUACGUGCCUUAUUUCUAUCACCAUUUAGGAAGAUUCCAUUUGAAAUGGACAGCCACAACCGAAUCCGGAAUCAUUGUGAAUUUGCCUGAAACAACAGAAGAACCAUGCUGGGAGGAGGUGCAGUUGAAUACAACAGAUAGCAUUACCGUGAAUUCACCCAAUUAUCCUGCGAAUUAUCCUGAAGAUAUAGACUGCACCUAUAUCCUGCGCGCUCCAUAUUACCAACACGUAGAACUGAAUGUUACAGACCUAGAGAUGCAGGAUUGGGCCCCCGCUUGCCAAUUUGAUAGCCUUCGGGUUUUCUAUAUGAAUGAUCCUAACAUGAACAUGUGGCAUUUACAUUCAAUUCUUUGCGGAAGACUGAACAACGUGACUAUCGUCAGCCCCACGAAUCUCAUGAAGCUGAAUUUCAAAACGGAUGAUCACGCGAGCUUCAAAGGUUUCCAUUCAGUCGCAAUGUCAAAAUGUGGUUCGCGCCUUGUUGGUCCUACCGGUGUUCUGAAGAGUGAAUUCAUUCAUUCAGAAUUCACAGAGAUGGGUCUUUUUACCUCUGUCAAUUGUGAAUACGUUAUUACUGUGAGAUCGCGACGUACUAUUCAAUUAUCCUUUGACAGAUUCAACGUACCUUCAGAUUCUAUCUGUAGCACAAAUUACAUUAUGAUAAAGAAUGGUGGCUCGAGUUCAUCUCCUUACCUGGGUAAUGGAAAAUACUGUGGGUCAUCUCUUCCUGCAAAUUUGGAGACCAGUUCUAACGAACUUCACGUGCAAGUUGUGAUCAGUACCAUAGCAAAUGGCGUUCCAGAUUUUGAGAUGCAUUACACCGAGCUUUCGGUGGGAUGUGGUGGGUAUUUAUUCUUGACUGAAGACAGGCCGAACGUAGAGAUCACAUCACCGAACUAUCCGAAUCCUCCAGUCCAUGAUACGGAAUGCGAAUGGGUUGUUACGUCACCUGCUGGUACCCGGAUGAGGAUGGAUUUCGAUAAUGAAUUCCAUAUGAGCCCACAGUGCGACGGUGACGGGGAAGUUGAAUAUCUUCAGAUCAACGACGGCGGCACAGACAUGGCUCCACCUCUCCACCGGUUCUGCCACAACGACCAACCCUCCAGCGUGAUGAGCACGGGCAAUGCCAUUUAUGCCCGAUAUGUGACCGCGGUGGAGAAUCCACAAGCAGGAUUUAAGGCCAGAGUCCAAAUUGCUGUUUGUGGCGGCACGAUAUCAACUUUCCAAGCCACCAUUACUAGCCCCAAUUAUCCAAACAACUACGGCAAUAGCCAGGAGUGUGUGUGGUACUUGAAGAUGAAGUCGCACUAUCACAUUUAUCUGACGCUCACCGACCUGCAGACGCCGAGACCACCUACGGGUCAAAACUGCACGGCUACGGACUAUCUGGAAAUCAGGAAUGUUGAUGAAAAUGGUGAAAUAUUGGGUGUUUAUUGCGGAGCUCUUAACGCAAUCCAAAUCAGUGUUCCUGCAUCUUCUGCUUACGUGAAAUUCAAAACCAACUCAGCUCAAACUGAUAAGGGAUUUUCUUUAUCUAUGAGAGGAAAUUAUGAGGAUGGUUGCGGGGAUUAUCUCGAGGGCCAAACGGGAGUGAUCACUUCACCGAAUUAUCCGAAUGCUUUAGCUGCAGCUCGAGACUGCACGUGGAGGAUUUCAGCGCCAGAAGGUAGAAGAGUCAGACUCACUUUCCAGGAGUUUAACUUGCCCAGGGACGAAACUACGGGUAUCUGUCUUAGUUACCUACAGGUGUACAAUGCAACCUACUGGAGACAAAUUCAAAGUACCUCUGCGGAUAAGGAGAAAAUAUGCGGCAAUACGCUCCCGGCUACAAUGGAUUCGUCGAGUGCUCAACUGAUUAUGAACUUCCACACUCGAGGAUUGAGUCCCGGGCAAGGAUUCUCUCUUACAUAUACAACAGAUGAAGAAAGCUUGUGUGGUGGGUUGCUGCAACUGCCUAGUGGUGUCAUAGAAACCCCAAGCUUCUCAGUUCAAAACGAUUCCUACGUGGACUGCAGAUGGAGAAUCCCUGAUGAAGGAACGGGUAAUCAGACAUUAGUUAUGCGUUUCGAUGUUGUAGACAUCCCAGGAGUCUUGGCAAAUUACUGCAGAGAGGGUGUUAUGUAUUUUACAGCUUUGGGUCCAACAGGAAGGAUGUACCUGGGUAGAGUAUGUGGAAAUUACACCACGGAGGUACUCGUAACGAGUCCAUUCCUGGCUCUCACGAUAAGGAUGGUUACAAGUUUAGGAAAGCCUAUCAGAGGAAUUCACGGAACAUAUAACGUUACCAAUUGUGGUGGAGUUAUAAAUGGAAACCAUGGUGAAUUCUCAACACCAGGAUAUCCAAAUGGUUAUCCACCUAAUGCAAUAUGUCACUGGCUGAUUAAGGCGCCUCCUGGAGAGACAGUGACACUCACCAUAGAAGAUCUACGAAUGGAAGAAAAUUGCGACAAAGAUUAUCUGAUGGUACGAAAUGGUCAAUACUUGCAUGCUCCAGUCGUUGGUCGCUUCUGUGGUACACAUGUACCAGUCCCCAUUUCUUCAACUGGUCCUUAUUUGACAGUCAUUUUUCAUACAGAUGCUUAUGGAACAGCCCCUGGUGUCAAGAUGCAUACCACCGAAGUUCAAAGAGGUUGUGGAGGCCUGAUUCACAUGACCAAAGGCAACAUAUCUUCGCCCAAUUACCCCUCUCGGUACGAUAACAACGUUGAAUGCAAAUGGGUAAUCGAAUUUGUUCCUGGAUAUGUCGUGAAACUCGAAUUCACAGGACGCUUCGACAUAGAAAUGGAUAAUACUUGUUCGAAAGAUUAUUUUAUGGUGGAGGAAUAUAACGAAGAUGAUUCAUGGACACAAGCUCUGAAAAUAUGUGGACCCGUCAAUCCAGAGCCUUUUAUCAGCAAAAAGAAUAAAGUGAGAAUCACAUUCCACACCAACGAGAAUAUUAAUGGAGAUGGAUUUCAUCUUACUUAUUCUACAGCUUGUGGUGGGAACUUUACCGAACCAACUGGUGAAAUAUUCUCUCCAAAUUACCCAGAUACCUAUGACAACAACAUCAACUGCACUUACACUAUUGGUAGACCAUUUCAAUACAUUUCCUUGUCCUUCGACCCUUACUUCAGCAUUGAAAGUAAUAGCGACUGCGUUUAUGAUUAUCUCAAAAUAUAUCACAGCAAUGUAACGAACUCGACGGAACAAGGUCCUUAUUGUGGUGUAGAACCUCCUGCACCAAGAACUUUGCUUGGACCUGUCACCAUGAGAUUCUCCACGGAUUACAGUUUCGUUGCCCACGGGUUUAAGGCUCAUUAUGAAACUCUAAAUUGUGGUUCUACUCUGACCGAACCCACUGGAGUCAUCUCAACGCCCAAGGCUUCGACGGAAUAUUUGAAAGAAGUGGACUGUACUUGGCAGAUAGUUGCGCCAUCAGACAGAGUUAUUGUUCUUAAGUUUUCACACUUUGAUUUAGAAUUAAAUUACAAAUGCUGGCAGGACUAUUUGGAAAUACGAGAUGGGCUAGACACCGGUCCUCUCAUAGGAAAGAUAUGUGGUAACUCCACUACCAUCAUAAAAUCGACGGGCAGCCUUCUCACAUUAAAGCUUCAUAUGAGUUCACCCAGAACUGAAAAGGGCUUCACUGCUUUCUAUCACACAACGUACGGCGCCAAUCAGGGUUGUGGUGGAACUUUGAAUGCGACUUCGGGUGAAAUUCAGUCUCUAGAUGCCGAUUCAGACGGCUUUUAUGAACCGAAUUUGGACUGCAGCUGGCUGAUUCAAGGCGACGAAGAUCAGGUUCUGCAAAUUACAUUUGAUAGGUUUGAUCUUGAGCCAUCAACGACUGACGCUUGUGUUUAUGACUUCGUUGAAUUGCGAGAAGACACAAACCCCGAGAGUGCAGUCAUUGGGCGCUAUUGUGGAUCUAGAAUACCGAGUUCUCUAAUAACAUCCGGAAAUCGGUUGUACAUUCUUUUCCACUCUGAUGAGAAGAACAAUAAAGCAGGUUUCAAACUCCGGUUCCAAAGUGUCGCCUCUCCUUGUGGACCUUCAUCGCUAGUAUUUACAUCAGAGCUUAAAACAUUAACUUCGCCGAAUUAUCCCAAUACAUACCCCAUAAACCUCCGAUGCAGGUGGACUAUUAUCGGAACUCAAAACUUGACCAACUGGCAUAAUAGACAAAUGGUGCAGAUGACCCUCAAUCAACUGGACAUGCCAUGUGGAGGAGAUUACAUUGAAAUACAGAAGUUAAACUCGCCGUUCAGAAGUUAUCAAAGAAGAUACUUUCCUGCUGCAAAAUCUUCAAGCAACCUUAUCCGACUGUGUGGUGUAACACCUGUUCAUGAUAUCAUAGCCUCCAGUGGAAUGUCUAUUACAUUCCACAGUGAUUCCGUGAACAAUGCUGCUCGAGGAUUUUCGAUCACGUAUAAAGAAGCAAGUCCCAACAGGACGUAUACAGCAGACAGCGGCAUCAUCACCAACUAUGCCUUUCCAGGCAGAUUUAAUAACGCCGAUAAAUACAACGUGACCAUCCUUACAUCACAAGGAAAGACUAUAUCUGCUUAUUUCUACCGUUUGGAACUAUACGAUCCUAAUAACGGUUGUCCGCAAAGCAAUUUAAAAGUAUACAACGGCGCCAACGCCACUGCUCCUUUGAUUGGAACUUAUUGCGGAUUCAAUACACCGCCACCUGUGUUCUCAAGUGGAAAUGCCUUAUUCAUGGAAAUCAACAUGCAACACUCAGUGGGACUGUAUUACAUAAAUUACAUGACAACCGAUCAAGGAAGGGGUUGUGGAGGUACCAUCUAUGCCGAAGAAGGUCUCAUCACAAGCCCCCUGUAUCCCCAGACAUACAACAGAAACAGCGAGUGCUUGUGGCACGUCACCGUCCCGGGUUAUCACACAGUCAAAAUAGAGUUCAAGGCGCUGCAUCUUAACUCUUCGAGGGGCUGCGACUCCAACUAUGUCGAGCUGUACGACGGAAGUUCUGAUCAGAUUUCGGACAGGGUCGUCAGAUAUUGCGGAGCGGAUAUUCCAGGAAUCCAUAUUUCCAGGGCCAACGAAGUGACGAUCAAAUUCAAAUCCAACGCAAACAAUGCUGGACCAGGCUUCUCCUUAACAUUUAAAACAAAUGCAUUCCUGCCAGAUUCUUCAUUGCCUUUGAUUCAGAGGCAUCCUACAGAAGAGGCUAGAACUCCCAUGAAUACCAUCAUAUACUUAAACUGAAGAUCUUCUCAAUGUAUAUAUAGUGCUAUAGUAUAUAAAUGCAAUAAAGAACUCUAAUAAAGGCCAAUCACCUUGAAGAAUUUUGUUCGUCAUGAAAUUCAAUUAUUUUUUUUUUCUUUCAUUAAAAAAAAAAGUAACUGAAUUUUGUUGCUAAUUUUUCUAGUCUACGAAAUCCAAUACUGUACAUUUUUAUUUAUGUACUAGGCUAAUC